GUCGUUUCUUAGUGUGAAUAUAUUAUCAAACUUCAUACACAUCAAACGCAAUGGCUCAAGAAGAGAGGCCAGUUUACAAUAUAGACGACGCACCAGCUUUAUUUGAGAAGUUUAUCGAAGACUAUGAUAGAGAGUACAAAGAUGAAGAAGAAAAAGAAGUGCGGUACCAAGCUUUUCUAGAAUCACUAAAGGGGAUUAUCGAAAGGAAUGCUAAAGAAACUAAUCCGGAAAUGAUUUACUCUAUCAACGAAUUCGCUGAUUUAACAACUGAGGAAAAGAAUGCAAUGCUCAAUGACCAAAUAGACUAA